AUGAAAAGGCCUUACAGGCCUGUUGCACCAAAGCUGCUACCUGAGAUUUCAAGACGUUGUAAUAUAAUACUGAAACGUGAUCUUGCACCUUCUAAUUUGAAGGCUGUUGUGGAUGCUUCAGUAAGGUUCUUUCCUUCGGAGUUUGAAAAUGAUGUGGAUAGGACCCAUGCUGUGGAUCCAGCAAAGAGUGCAUUUCAGGUUUCCCCAGCAAUGCAAGAAGAAGUGCAAAAAUUGGAUAUUGACACUGUUGAAGAAUCCAUUUCAACAGGUGAUAACCAAUUUAGUCAUGAAUCAAUGGGUACCCGUAAAGGAAACAAGCUUGCCUCGCAUGUUGCAACAGAGAGCAUUUCAGUCGACUCACUCUCUUUUGCUGGUCUUGUUUCUGCCGAAGACCAGCAACAACCAAAGCCCUCUGUUCCUAACCAGAAUAAACACUCCCAAGUAAGCAAGCAAGACUCAGAUUUUGAAUUUGCAACCAUUAAAGCAGACAUAAAUUCUGGUGCAAUUCCAAUCAAGAUAACACCUGCUGAUGUUCUUAUUUCCAAUGGACAAAUCAAACCACACGCAAUUGCAUUUCAACCAAUUAAUCGUCGUCCUCUCAUCACAAAUCCCACCGUUUCCUUAAGGUCAUUACUAGUAAUUGAUCACCAUGUGAGUAGCAAGAUGUCAAGUGAGCAAACAAGCGGCGCAAGGAAAUACCAUGAACAACUUGUCAAAGGAAGAAACCAUAAAAACAAGGAAAGGACGUGGUUUGGCCAGAAAGUGUUAAGGUCUUUUCUAUCACCAUGCCGCGAAUGCAAGGCCAUUCAGCCAGCCGCUGUUAAAGGACAAACUGUUGCAGGAGAAAAGUUCAAGAUACCCUGA